AUGAGUAGUUUAGUUAAAAAAGGAGGAACUCUGUUUACUCCAAAGCUAAAGAAAGUAGUUAGAAAGAAACCAGUAGUGGCAGCAAAACCACCAAUAACUCCGCCAGCAACACAGGUAAAAGACGGAGAUGAAGAUACUAGUACCGUCAUUUCUAAUACAGAAAAUUCCAAUGGCGUAUUAACAUCAGCCACAGCGCAGACAACUACGGAUACGGAAACUAACAUUCCUACACCAGCAAGCACGCAGUUACCAGAGUCGCCCAAAAGCAAACCAGCAUUUAGAAUAGGCCCAACCAAGACAUCAUCCAAUGAGAAAAGUCAAAAGGAUUAUGAUAUUGACCCCAAAGAUGCUUCGAAACAAUAUGCAGGUGAGGUUGAAAAUGAAAAUGCUAUUGCAAGCUCUUCAGAAGACGAUGACGAUGAAGACAUUUUUAAACCUCCCGUGGACCCAUCAAAAAGUCGUAGACAGUCGAUAACUCAACGCAGAUUGUCUAACAUAACUGCGUCUGGUUUACGAAGCAGAUCAGCUUCCAUCUCACUUCAUAAUGCUGAUGCAAGCCAUGUACCUGCUAAAAUUGGGAUACCUGUUUCCAAACCAACAAAAAGAAGAAGAUCACUGGUACAAGCUCGUAACUCGAAAAGAGUUUCUACUACACAACCACCAAAGCCAAAGGCAGUAGUUGUUCCAACUAUGUCAACUGAAACAACAACUUCUUCUAUGGAUAGAUCUGAAUCAUCUGCUCGAGAAGAAAAGAAACCACCUAAAAAAUCAGAUAUAAAAGGUAUUAGUGAUGACUUUAUUGUUGGUAUUGAUCCAAAAACUCAAAAAUUGACAAAGUUUAGACGAAAAGGUGCAGUCAAGGUGAAAAAAGAGGCUGAUUCUGUUAAGAAUGAAGCUGAGCCUGUUAAAGCAGAAGGUGAUGAAGUCAAGCUCGAGGUAUUAUCUGACACAGAUUCAAUUCCUGAAGAACCAGACAAUCUAAUAACUACUGUGACGCAUAUUAGUCAGAUUCCAAAUGGUAUCAAUGAUGAAGAUGCUGAUCUUUUUGGUGAAGUGGACGUCAACCUAGAAGAAGUUACUAUGGCCGAAUUGUGUAAACCGACUCUUCGCAUAGGGAAAGUAAGCACAAAUUUUGAAUUAGUGAGAGAGGCUGAGAAACAGUUGAAGCAGAAAAAGGCUCAAAGGCGAAGAGACAGGGAAUUGGCUAGAAUUGAACGUAUAUCACUUGAAGAUGCCAUACAAAAGAAUGAAGAGCAGAGACGAGGAACUGGUGAUGCGGUGAGUAAGGAGGAUGACGAGCCAAAGCCAGAUUCCCUCUUUGAUGAAGAGCCACAACAAGCAACUACAUCUUUACAGUUGACAUUUACUGAUGGAAAAAUUGGAUUCAAUGAGGAAUCUGCAAUUGUUGCGAAACCCAGAGCAGAUAUAACGAGUCGAUCCGUUGAGAAGUCGAAUCCAUUUGCCAAUCCAAUAACCUCAACCACAUACAGUCGAAGAAUAUUUACAGAUAAGUGGACUUCAGAGGAACUAAAUCAGUUUUAUCAAGCCCUAAGCAUGUUUGGUACAGACUUUUCUUUAAUUUCUCAGUUAUUUCCUCAUAGGACAAGAAAACAGAUAAAACUGAAGUUCAAUUUGGAAGAAAGAAAAUUUCCAGAAGUGGUUGAGCUAGCGUUGAGAAGAAAGUUGCCAGUUGAUUUCGAAGAAUAUUGUGCAAACACAAAGAAUGAUAUCAAGUCUUUGGAAUAUUAUAAUGAAGAGUUGCGCAAGGUCAGAAUAGAACAUGAACAAAGCAUGAAUGCCAUUGCAUUGGAAAGAGAGAAGGCAUUGAAAGAAGACGCAGAAGCAAGUAGGAGAAGAGAAAUAGAAAUCAGAACUGGUUCUAAACCAAUGAGCCGAGCCGAGAAGUUGAAGGAAUUGCGUAAAAAUGAAACCGUUGUCGGUUCUAUUGAUGAUGUGCGAAAGAAGAGAGAGACUAAUGUGUAG